AUGUUGGUGCCACCGGACAUGAUCACCGUGCAGUCGAAGACGAUCUUCCAGAUUAACAAGUACUACGCGGAGAAGGUGCAGGUGCGCAUGGGCAACAUCGCCCUCGUGCUGCGCGAGAUCUGCAAGAUCGUGCAGGAGGUGCUGCGCGAGGUAGAGGUGCAGGAACCGAGGUUCAUCUCCAGCCUGGUGGAGUGCAACGGGCGAUUCGAGGGCCUGGAGGUGAUAUCGCCGACGGCAUUCGAGGUCGUGCUGUACCUCAACCAGAUGGGGGUGUUUAACUUCGUGGACGACGGGUCACUCCCCGGUGCGGCGGUGCUGAAGCUGAGCGACGGCCGCAAACGCUCGAUGUCGCUGUGGGUCGAGUUCAUCACCGCGUCCGGCUACCUGUCCGCCCGGAAGAUCCGGUCCCGGUUCCACACGCUCGUCGCCCAGGCGGUGGAGAAGUGCCCGUACCGGGACAUGGUGAAGCUCGUGCCGGACACGACCGAGGUGAAGCUGCGCAUCCGGGAGCGGUACACCGUCCAGAUAACGCCCGCGUUCAAGUGCACCGGCAUCUGGCCACGGUCGGCCGCCCACUGGCCGAUCCUCAACAUACCCUGGCCGCAUCCCGCGCUCGUCGCGGAGGUGAAGACGGAAGGGUUCGACCUGCUGUCGAAGGAGAGCGUCAUCCUGCAGGGGAAGAACGCGAACGUGGAGGGUGACGCCUGGUUGCUGCACUUCACCGAGGCGGAGAAUCGGUUGCUGCAGGGCGGCUACCGGAAGCGUUGCCUCAGCCUCCUCAAGACGCUGUGCGACCGGCAUCUCGAUCUGCCCGGCGCCCCGAUCGGGUACUACCACCUGAAGACGCUGCUGCUGUACGAGUGCGAGAAGCACCCGCGCGAAACGGAGUGGGAUGCGGGCUGUGUGGCGGAUCGCCUGAACGGGAUCUUUCUGCAGCUGAUCUCCUGCCUGCAGUGUCGCCGGUGUCCGCACUACUUCCUGCCAAGCCUGGACCUGUUCAAGGGCAAAUCGCCGACGGCACUGGACAACGCGUCCAAGCACGUGUGGCGCCUCUGCCGGGACAUACUAACCAGCAGCAAGGCGUUCGAUCGGCUGUAG